CACCUCUGAAGUUGAGAGCAGCCUUCCUGGAGCACAGUUAGACAUCACAGAGCUGUGAUCAUACGCACCACGAUGAAACGGAGCCUGAUAACAGCUUUAAUUCUCUGCAGCUUCAGCUGGAUCUCUGUCUCAGGUUCUGAGUCUCACACUGAGACUGUGGAGGGUCGGCCGGGUGAAGAAGUCACACUCACAUGCUCUAACCCGUCCAGCCGAGACGCUGUAACACUCUGGUUGAGAGUGUUACACAGAACCAAGGCCAGUUUUAUCUCCGCCAUGUUCAGCUCUACAGGAAAACCUUUUUACAGUGAUGGAAUUCAAAAUGGAAGAUUCAACAUGAGUACCAACAUCUCCACUCUCUUUCUCCAAAUCAAACAUGUGGAUGUAUCUGACUCUGGACUGUAUUUAUGUGGAUUUUACAUUGGAGGACCUUUUCAUUUCAGCGCAAUACACUUCAUUGUUAAUGUGAUGAUUCUCAUGAUGACGCUGACAGGAAGUCUGAAAUCUGAUGGAACAGCAAAGCUGAUGAUUUUGAUCCUGGGAGCUCUGACUGUUCUCCUCUUAAUGGUCAUCAUUGGUCUGGUUGUUAAAAUCAUGAAACUACAGAAAGCUGCCAAUGAAGAACAGAAUCCACAACAGCCUGAGAACCGGGCCUCUGAAGAGCUGAACUACGCAGCUGUGGCUUUCCGUCCAAAAACAAGAAAAACAAGAGAAGUGGAGUCCAAUGUUGUGUAUGCUUCUACUAGAUAGACUCAGGAUGAAACCAGAGAAGUGGUUCAGAAUAACACUGAUUCUUUCUCAUAUGACCAUAUGAUAGAGCAUCAGAAUAUGACCAUCACUUUGUCAACAGAAGGA